GCAAAAAUUGGCCAAAAAAGGAGGAAAAAAACCCGGCAAAAAACCGGGAAAAAAAACGGGAAAAAAUCCGGCAAAAAUUGGCAAAACAAGGAGGAAAAAAACCCGGGAAAAUAUCCGGCAAAAACCAGGCAAAAAUUGGCAAAACAAGGAGGAAAAAAACCGGGAAAAUAUCCGGCAAAAAACAGGCAAAAAUUGGCCAAAAAAAGGAGGGAAAAAACCCGGCAAAAAAUCCGGCAAAAACCAGGCAAAAAUUGGAGGAAAAAAACCCGGGAAAAUAUCCGGCAAAAAACAGGCAAAAAUUGGCAAGAAAAAGGAGGAAAAAAAACCGGCAAAAAAACCCGGCAAAAAACCGGGAAAAAAUCCGGCAAAAACCAGGCAAAAAAUUGGCCAAAAAAAGGAGGAAAAAAACCCGGCAAAAAAUCCGGCAAAAAACAGGCAAAAAUUGGCCAAAAAAGGAGGAAAAAAACCCGGCAAAAACACGGGAAAAAAUCCGGCAAAAACCAGGCAAAAAAUCCGGCAAAAACCAGGCAAAAUAUCCGGCAAAAACCAG